AUGGCCAACGGCAACGAGAGCAGCGAGGGCGCCGGCGGCCCGGUGGGCGUGGUGGUGGCGACCGCGGGCGGCGUAGGGGGGGCGGGGGGGCCGGCCUCCGCCGUCUCCACCUACCUGAAGCUGGUGCUGCUGGGGCUGAUCAUCUGCGUCAGCCUGGUGGGCAACCUGGUGGUGUCCCUGCUGGUGCUGCGGGACCGCACGCUCCACAAGGCGCCCUACUACUUCCUGCUGGACCUGUGCCUGGCCGACAGCGUCCGCUCGGCCGUGUGCUUCCCCUUCGUCCUGGUGUCCAUCAAGAACGGCUCGGCCUGGACGUACAGCGUGCUGAGCUGCAAGGUGGUGGCCUUCAUGGCUGUCCUCUUCUGCUUCCACGCCGCCUUCAUGCUGUUCUGCAUCAGCGUGACGCGCUACAUGGCCAUCGCCCACCACCGCUUCUACUCCAAGCGGAUGACCUUCUGGACGUGCGUGGCCGUGGUGUGCAUGGUGUGGACGCUGUCGGUGGCCAUGGCGUUCCCGCCCGUCUUCGACGUGGGCACCUACAAGUUCAUCCGCGAGGAGGACCAGUGCAUCUUCGAGCACCGCUACUUCAAGGCCAACGACACGCUGGGCUUCAUGCUGAUGCUGGCCGUGCUCAUCCUGGCCACGCACGUGGUCUACAUGAAGCUGCUGCUCUUUGAGUACAAGCACCGCAAGAUGAAGCCCGUUCAGAUGGUGCCGGCCAUCAGCCAGAACUGGACCUUCCACGGCCCCGGGGCCACGGGCCAGGCGGCGGCCAACUGGAUCGCGGGCUUCGGGAGGGGCCCCAUGCCGCCCACCCUGCUGGGGAUCCGGCAGAACUUGCACAACCAGAACCGCCGCCUGCUGGGCAUGGAGGAGUUCAAGGCGGAGAAGCAGCUGGGCAGGAUGUUCUACGUGAUCACGCUGCUCUUCCUGGUGCUGUGGUCGCCGUACAUCGUGGCGUGCUACUGGCGCGUGUUCGUCAAGGCGUGCACGCUGCCGCACCGGUACCUCUCCACCACCGUGUGGAUGAGCUUCGCCCAGGCCGGGGUCAACCCCAUCGUGUGCUUCUUCCUCAACAAGGACCUGAAGAAGGGGUUCCUGGCCAGCCUGCCGGCCUGCUGCAGGACUAAACCUCACCCGCCACGGGAGCCUUACUGCGUCAUGUGAG